AUGCCCAGAGAAAACAGGAAGAGAGGGAAGAAACACAAGAAGAAGAACGACGCGGAAGAGGCCUACGGCCAGCAACUCGAGCCUGUGGAAGAACUUCCGCCAGAACCCCGCGCUGGUCCAUCGUGGAUAGUGCCCGCAACGAAUGCCACCGAAUUCAACCCCGAAGCACCCUUUGGAUACGUGGAUGCAGAGGUAAAGGCGUACUUUCGAACAGUCGAUCUGCAGAUUCGGGAAUGGCAAGAAGAGGGUGUGGUGGUUGCGGAAGGAGGGGAAGAUGUCGAUCCCAAUGAAGACCGUCAUCUGUUUUUUAUGGCUGCCCUGGCAGAAAUGUCUGGCAAAGAGAAGCAGCUCGCUACGGAUCCGGACUGCUCGAGCAUGUUAGAAAGAAUGGCAUAUUCAAUGGAUGAUUUUGUGCGGAGAGUGUUUGUGGAUAGAUUGAAUGGCUCGUUCGAACAGUUGCUCAAGCAUAGAUUUGCUUCGCAUGUUUGUCAAACGCUCUUCACUGUCGCUAAUGACACUAUUUCUCGGGAGUCUCGGGGCAUAUUUCCUCCCGUUUCGGAAUCCUCUGAUGAAGGCGAACUGAGGACACUUACCCAGCUUGUGCUGGACGCUUGCGACGAAGUACUUCCAUCUCUACCGACCUUGGUAAUGGACCCAUUCGGCUCUCAUGUGAUCCGAGCCCUUCUGUUACUCCUCGCCCCGGAUUGUAUAACGUCUGCUGGACCUGAUAACUCUACCGGAAAACCAGAGCAUUCCGUGCGUUCAAAGAAAAGCGCGGCAUACAAGGCGCGACAGGGCCCGAUGAAGUCAGUGUUCUCUGAGGACCACAUACAUCCACUCGAACGCUCCUCGCGGUCCCCACCUAAGGCCUUUCACCAGAUUGCCUCGAAGUUCAUCUUGAAUUUACGCGACAAGCUCGGCGAGAACGAAGUACGCGCCUUCGCUGCUAACCAAGUUGCCAGCCCGGUGUUACAGAUGCUCCUCGAGGUCGAAGCCGGGCUUGACAUGGCCGAUGUACCUGACUCGUUAAUGGAUCGAGCGCUAGUCGGACUCAUCACUUUGUCUCACGACGAUCCUUCCGCUAAUCCUGAGGCAUCCGAUUACUUGUCUACGCUGUUGCGUGACCCCACCGCAUCUCACCUCCUUGAGACAUUGGUCGCCCGCUCGCCCAGUGCUGUCUUCGAUAUCCUUUGGGCGACGUACUUCAAGGGCAAGCUGUCAAAGUUGGCGGUGCACCCGGUUGCAAACUACGUUGUCGCUAAGGCACUGGAACGUGUAAGCUCACGGCAGUUAGGAGAGGCCUGCGAUGAGCUUGACGGUAGUUUCGGGAAAAUCAUCAAAACUUCCCGUACAGGUGUGCUUCGUGCCAUGGUAGAUCGGGCUGCGGCGUUGCAAGCUCAGGAGGCAAAAGUUGCGGAGGCCAUAUGCAGCGCAUUCGAGUUAACGACAGCAGAGGACAAGAAGCUGCUUGUUCCCUGCGUUUUGCGUGUCAGAACCCUUGAGGACUACAAAGCGGCCUUAACAGCAAGAGGCGAGCAGCCAGCGGAUGCUGAGAAGAGACCAUCCGGGCGAAGGGGGAGAAGUAACGUGGAAGAGGAUCCAUUAGAACCGAAGACACAAGGUGCUGUUUUGUUACAAGCUAUGCUACGUCUUCCGGCACCCCACAACGAACUGGUGAUCGACAGUAUACAAGCCCUCAGUAUGGAUGAAGUCCUCGCGAUGGCCCACCACGUCACGAGCUCGCGGGUAUUGGACGCUGUCUUGGAUGUGCCCACCGUGCCUGCUAAGGCAAAGCGGAAGUUCGUCCUGGACCUUAUGGGGCACUACCACGUCCUAGUAGACGACCGGAUAGGCAGCCGGGUCGGCGACCGCUGCUGGGCAUACGCUGAUCCUUACUUGAAGGAAAAAAUCGCACGGUCGCUUAUCCCGCACGAACACUUCCUUGCAGGCUCGUUCUACGGCAAGUUUUUCACACGGCACCUCAACUUGCACCUACUGCAGCGCAACGUAGACGAAUGGAAGAACCAGCAAUCAUCGGCCAAGAGCGCACAGCGCGCUCCGCUGCCGCCGCUGACGACGACGACGUUAGCCCCGAUAGACAGGCCCGCUCCCGCGCUUCCUGCGGAUACAGAACAGAAGCACGCGAAGCGCAAGCGGAAGGCGCGUCCGGAGGACGAGAUCGACGCUCUCUUCGACGCUGCUCUUGGGAAAAAGGUCAAGAAGGGGCGUUUGGGACCCACCGGCAGCGUGCCCGCCCAGGGCCAAGGCGGUGAGGUCGAGCAGAAGCGUGAAGGUCAGAAGGAGCAGGUCGACAAGGUCUUGAAGGACGUUCUCGGCGCGAUCAAGGCUGCCCCGAAGGAAGAGAAGGGGCAUAGUCGGAAGAAACGCGCGCAUUUUGAUUGA